UACUAGCAAGAAAACAAACGCAAUAAUGGAAUUGAACGCUGCCGUGUCAAAAGAUACCCAGACAUCGUCUGCAAAGAAAUUAUUAUCCAGAUUUGCUGAAAACACCACAGCUCAUGGCUUUGCUCAGAUCGCACUAACAAAAAAUUGCUGGGUUAAAUUGUUUUGGCUACUGGCAAUUACUGCUUGUCACAUAGGAAUUUAUUUUCAAAUUAAACCUUUACUUACACGGUAUGCAAAGAAACCAGUUGUAACAAAGAUAUAUCAAACUACUGAUAAUUUGAUGACCUUCCCUGUUGUUACAAUUUGCAAUAUGAAUCCUGUAAGAAAAAAAUACGCAGAUGCAAUUUUUAAUGCUACCACUGAUGAAUUUGAAGCGGAUAGCAAUAACACUAACACUUCCAACGCGUCUGUCUCAACAUCCCUUCAAAUGACUCAAACAACGUUAGGGAAGGAUAAGACUGUCAAAGAGUCAAUACUAUCCAACUUAAGUUUCAACUUAGGGGAUAAGAUUUUCGAAUAUGGACAUCAAUUUGAGAGUAUGCUAUCCAAAUGUGAAUGGAACUUAUUCUACGAUUGCAAGAAUUUGAUAUACUGGACCAAAUUUGGCAUUGGAAGUAUGGUAACUGUUUUACUUUCAAUAGCGGUUAUGCACGCGACAACCAAACUGUCCCAGUUUUGCACUCAUCGCAAACAAAUUAAUGAAAUACUCUUAUUAGAGCUUGAUAUAAGCUUUAACGAUUACUACCUGCCAUUAACGAAAAAAGCUGGAAUUAUUCUUCAUGUUAGUGAUCAUGAUGUAGCAAAAGAUAUAACGUCACAGUCCCACUACUUGUCUCCAGGUUACGAGCAUCUUGUUUCCAUGGAAAAAACAAAACGAAAGAGAGCUGAUCCUUUUAAAAAUAAAACAUGCAUAGAGCAUUAUGAAACUGAUUUUGGAAAGCAGCCGUUCAAUGACCAAAGAAUUGUUAAGAAAUAUACCAACAAAAUAUGCAUGGAUGUCUGCUUUGCUCAAACUGCAAUAAAAAGAUGCAACUGCACCCCAUUUUGGUUGCCUUCCUUGAAUGGCAGCAGAAGGUGCGUUUUCGGUGACGCAAAAUGUGCCCUUGAUGUUGAUUAUGAGUACAGUCGCAGCAAUUUGUCAUGUCUAGCGGGGUGUAAAUUUCCCUGCGAUGAAAUUAACUAUAAGUUAAGCAUAUCGUCGGCUAAAUUUCCCUUGGAUGAAAAAGAGACAGGUGCGCAGAAUAAGUUAGGAGUUGCUCUCUCUUUUGGAAGGCGUCAGACAGUUGUUAUGCAAGACGAAGAGUACUACAUGAUUCAGAAUUUGUUGAGCGAUAUUGGGGGACAACUUGGUUUAUGGUCAGGUGUUUCUGUGUUAACAUUAGUUGAAGUAAUAUUUUUCUUAGCAUAUGGGGUACGCAUUUUCGGUGAAUGGACAGUAAUACUUAAAAAGCGUCGGUAAAGAAAGGUAGAAAAGAAGGGCGAGGUGGAAAAUGCUAUAGAGCUGGACCUUAGCACGAUGUUUGUUGUUGUUGUUGUUGUUGUUGAAUAUACGUUCACGUUUGUAUCAAGUAAUAUUCUAAAUAAAUAAAUCAAUAAAUGGUGAUAUCAAAAAAUUAGCAAGGUUAUGUCAGCUCGCACGUAGAUUAUCACUGUCAACUAACGUCUAGGUUAUUGUGUUUGCUUCUGAUUUGAUAGAGAAUGAUGUCUGGCAUAGUGGACCUUCGUUUCAUCAAGACCACUCCCUCAUGGUAAAUUUCAAUCGAAAAAUUGCAAUCCAUCAGUAUGUAAAAAUUGUUUUGAAACACUGGAUUCCGUUUUAGCACGCUGAGAUGAGUGGGAUGAUUUCGGGUGUGUCAGUACAACUUCUUUUAUGUGUCGGAAUUAUUAAAAAAUUUAAACUAUUUAGUUUAUUGAAGAAAAUUUCGCCAUUAUGAAGAUGGCAAGCUUUUUGUCACUUUUUUUUAUCAUAACGUUUGUGUUGACAACUAGUCGUGACAAAAGCCUGAGAAAUCACUGUCGCUACUUUUAGAGGUCAACAUUUCCAUUUGAUUAAAGAUGGUAGCGUUGUCCGAAUUUUCAUUGGCUGUCUAAAGCUGCUAAAUUACAGACGCCGCAGCUAGAAAACAAUUUAAUGCGUAUGGACAGAUACUAAACGCUGGGACCCGCACCUACAAAAUUUUUUAUGAACCCAUGUUUACCCAUGUACAUUAUUGCCUUUCCUUACAUCGCGCAUCCAUAUUUAAAGUUUCAGUUAGCUUUUUAUUUUAAGACUCCGUUUUAUUUAGCACAGUACUCUAACUCACUAUUACAGCGAUGUAUUAAUA